AUGGCUCAUGAGGAAAAUCAGUCCAGGCGCCUCCGUGUUGGGCCGAGACCACCGCGUUCGAAAAUCCGAGAGCGCGGAACGACAAUAGACGAGCCAGAGCCAGACCGGAGUCGACCAGAACAGUCCGCGUCUAAGACCAACACCCGGCCAGCAGCCCGCGGAACCGCUUUCUACCAGCGGAAGAGAGCAGUCAGGGCAUGCCAAGUUGGAGCUACUUGCAUCCAGUCGCCCGUCGACCUGUCUAGUUUCGACCCAGCGAGUCUCAAGAUUUUGGAACGGCUCGAUGAUCUAGAGGAGAUGAUGAGAUUGGUCACAGUCGAUGGACUACCGAGCAACAAGACACGAGUGGUCGAGGUCCCGGUCGAGCAUCGGGUAGAAGCACCUCCUGUGGGGCCUCUUAUCCAGAUGGGUAUGAUCCUCCCUCCGGGGCCAGAACAUGUCAUGUCAUGGGCCAUCUUUGAGGAGCUCGGCAACGGAAUUGAGGCCGGAGACAUGGCUUUGCAUGUUGAUCAUGUCUCAGUAGCUGCGAAUUCUCCAAUGUCUCUAAUUGGCGCUCUCGACCUGGAACCACGGCGCAUCAACAACCUGCUCGACAAUUUCUUCAGUUACGUCCAUGUCAAAAAUCCGAUUCUUGACGAGACAGUCACUCGAAAAAUGGUUUCACAUACAGUACUUGAAGGGAUCAACUGGUCAGCCGAGUCCUGUCUGUCUCUCCUGAUCUGCGCAUUGGGGUCUUUAGCCACAGCUUUUGGCCCCAGUCAGGAGACGAUGCUGGGCUCCGCAGCCCACAGCGAUGCUCAAACUUUCUUCCAAGCCGCGCAGAAGCGACUAGGAAUCUUGCUAUCGUCAGAUGACAUUAUUGCGGCUCAAUGUUUGUUUCUUUCAGGGGUCUACAUGAUGUGCGUUUUCCAGCCUGUUAAGGCUUGGAGGUACUUCGUGCAGGCACUGGCUAGCUGCCAACAAUUUUCUUUUCUUACCCCCGAAGCCCAAAAACGCUACCACAGCAGCGUCGAGUCGGGCCAUGAGUCUCAGAAUUAUUCCAUCGACACUCUGCAGCAGGCUGUAUACUGGUCCUCAUGGAAAUCAGAGCGAGAGAUGCGAGGGGAUCUUUACCUCCCAGACUUUUCCCUAAGUGAUCAGGAAUUGGCAUUUUACCCGCCCUUCUUCCCGACGCCGCCAGCUCCUAAGGCAGAAGUUGAGACUGCAACGGAUCCGCGUCUGGCUCGCGAGAGAACGUCCUGGUACUUCUACCUGGCCGAGAUCUCUCUCAGAAGGCUUGCCUCUCGGAUUAGUGCCGAGAUGGUGGGCCUUCAGAAACAACAUCCCACGCGCCAGGCAUACCUCGCGGCAAUGGCCGCGGCAGUCCCGCAGUACGAGGAACAGGCACAGGAGUGGAUAAACUCGCUUCCUCCGAGUCUUUCAUUCGCCGAGCCUCCGGAAGAGGACGAUGUCUGCAGAUUCGUGCUCCGAGGUCACGCGGUGAAUCUUUAUGAGGUGAUUUACUGGCCGUUUUCCACCGCUUUCCUCGAUGCCUUUGGGGCGAAUCCCGAUUUUUCCGGCAAAGCUCUUACUCCCAGUCUGGAGGGAUUAGCGAAGAAGGGUCUCGAAAACCACCUUUAUCGACUCGCCAUCAAUCGCCUAGGGUACAGGCAUCGCCACCAUGGAACGUUGCCCAUGAUGCGUUCCUGCUCGCGUAGUGCCCUGGCGUUGGUAGCGGCAGCAUUGCUCACCCAGUCUAGCGGUUCUGAAGGCGGAACCUUCUUACCAACUGGCUGGUAUGGCGCCGUGGGAGAGGUGAUUGACCUACUCGUAUUCUGGGAGUGCGAGACUCGCGAGAUGGAGCUUGUGCGUCGCGUUUUGGAGAAGGCAUAUGGGAUUUUUUCGGUACCAUCUCCGCCGGCUUAUCGUUUACGGGUCUAG